AUGACUAGGCGGCGGUCGGCCGCUGCGGCCCGGCGCCGCGACCCGCUGCCCGCGCAGCGCCAGGCCAUGCGGCGCCUGCUCACGCUCAAUAACGUGUCCAAGCUCACGCAGGAAGACGCUGAGAGAUUUGAAGACAUCCUAUCGCUGGUUUUCGCUGACGUUCCGAAAGAAGAACAAAAUGAAGAUCCCAUUUGCAGCGCCCUUGAAACUUCAUUUGAAACUUUGCAUUUGAUCAACAACAAAUCACAGAUUCAAAAAUGUACAGAAAUAUACGAACAACUGCAACAAAGAAUGGGGGUUGUAAUCGUCGGUCCUCCCGGCUCAGGAAAAACCACGAUUAGGCGUCUACUCAAAUCGGCACUUACAAGUCAAGGCAAAAACAUAGUGGAGUACGUGAUUUGCCCGAAAGCAAUGAGUCGCAACUCCCUGCUAGGCCACAUCGACCACGACACCCGCCAGUGGACCGAUGGCGUCAUAUCCUCCACUGCUCUUGAAGUCUCUAACCAGCCUUCAGAUAUUUGGUCAUGGGUGGUAUGCGACGGGGACAUCGACCCCGAGUGGAUAGAAGCACUGAAUUCCGUGCUAGAUGACAACCGUCUGCUGACCCUGCCGUCCGGCUGGCGCAUACAAUUCGGCUCCAACGUCAACUUCAUAUUCGAGACGCACAGUUUGGAGCAUGCUUCGCCGGCGACCGUGUCGCGAAUGGGGAUCAUAUUGUUGAAUGAAGAAAGCAGUUGCGCUCAAGAAGUACUGGAUAAUUGGAUGCGCAAGAUUGAACUUGAGAAUGACGCAUCAAAAGUGGGAGCGCCUCUUCUCCAACGAGCUAUCAAGAAAUGUUUGGAAUGGUUCCGCGCUAAUCAAUCUAAUGUUCUUGUUAAAAGUUACGAUUUCUCUUUGGUAAAACAAAUAAUAACUCAGUUCGAAUACAUUACCCAAAAUAUGGGACCGAAUAUUAAUUCCAGCAUUCCAGAAGACAUUGCGUAUUUUGCGAUCGAAAGAAGUGUGAUGGGCAUAAUUAAAGAAAACUCUAUCGAUAGUUUUCAUCAAGAGCUUUCAGAUACAUUAGGCACCCCGCCCACUAGUGCAGUGUCUCCGGAGGAGUGGGUAUCAGAAAAUUUGUAUCUAUCGAGGCGGCUGGCGGACCGCGAGCCGGCAGUGCGAGCCUGUGCGCUGUCGCAAGAUUCCCAUCUACUACUCAUAGGCCCUGAUGCCUCAGCUAAGAGUGCACUAAUCGAAUAUGUAGUAAAAGAAACGAACCUCACUGCGAUAACAAUUGACUGUACACCAUUACUAGAGCCAGGGGACAUUAUUGCUGAAUUGAAAAGGAAUAAUGCGGUUCGUUCGGGUGGUGGUUACGGCGGGGGCGAUUCUGGUGGUGGUCGAUUGGCGCUGGUGGUGCGUUCGCUAGACCGCGCAUCCAGCGAUUCAUGGCGCUGCAGUGCUGUGCACCAGUUCCUAUUGCAGUUAAUCCAACAUGGUGGGUUCUGGAGCCGCGGCGGCGACGAAGGCGGUGCGACAUGGUGCCGUGUGGCGCGCCUUCAACUGCUGGCCACUGCCGCAGCACCGCCUAACUCGCCUCGCCUUGCCGCUGCGCUCGCGCACGUCGCAGUACCGGAACCCGAUGACGAAGAGUUAUUGGAGUUAAUCAAAAACUAUUUGAAGCAGAACGUAGACAAAAAUGUCUCAGAAAAAGACGUUGCAGAUAUUGCUACGAAUAUGCUCGCAAUGUUCAAAGAGGUGACAGAAACAUUUUACUCGCAACCCCACUAUAAGUGGAAUGCCGAUCAUUUGAGGCAGUGGUGUGAAAAUGUCAGGUGGUACUCACCAGCGAAUUCUACGGAUCUUAUUAUGGGUAUUCAAGAGGAAGCAAAUUCUAUAUUCAGGGAUAGAUUAGUUACCGAUGAAGAGAAAGGCAGAUAUAACGCUAUAUCCAGAAACUUCUUAAAAACGAAUACAAAAGAUACGAUUUACUUUGCACCAAAAUUGAAAGCUGAUGGUAUUUACAUGGAAGCCAUGGAGUACAAUGAUUGGUAUCAAAGGACACAGAAGUUAAUAAAUCAGUGUUUGUCAGAAAACGAGAAUGUGUUUGGAGAUUCUGGCGCAGAAGUUUGUGCGGAAAUUGGCACAUUGUGCUCCUCUAUGGCUCGAGCUUGUCGUGGCGGGAUAGGGCUGAGCGUAAUCGUGGGAAGUGCGGGCGUAGGCCGCCGCGCCGCCGCUCAUCUCACCGCCGCUCAGCUGCCGGCAACUCUAGCUAUCAUCACGCAUCAGCAGCACUUCUACUCGCACAUGAAGAACGCCUUAAACUCAGCGGGCGAAGGCACCCGCACUCUGGUACUGAUUUGCGAAUCAGCUGCGGAAGCUUCCCAGUUAUCGAGCAUAGAGGCGCUGCACGCCGCCGCCUCGGUCCACGCCGUGCCCGCGCGUAUGAUGCCCGCGCAGAACUCGCCGCAUAUGCUGCAAAAUAUAAAGCAGAACUUAGGAAUAGUAAUCUGCCUAGAUAAGGACCAGGAAAACGUGUGGGAACUGAUCGACAAAUACCCUCUGCUAUACAACUAUGGUCACGUGGUGUGGCUCGAGCGUUGGUCCGACGACACGCUGCGCCAGAUGCCGUCUCUCGUCAUACAGAGAUUAGUUAAAGAGAGCAUAACUGAAGUAUCUAAAGAGGAGCUUCAAACUAUACCCACGGAGGGCUUCGUCAAAAUAUACGAGAGCCUGGAGGCGAAUUGGUUGCGCGCGCCGUGUCGUUACAUCAACUUCAUCAAGACGUACUUCAAUUUGGUGAACAGGAAAAAGCAGGCUUUAACUCAGAGACAGAACAUGCUAUCGGCCGGCGUAGAAGCACUACGCAAAGCGCGCAGUGAAGUGGCGACCUUACAAGCCGAAGCGGCUGAGCAAAAAGCCGCAUUGGCUGAGAAGCAAGAGAGCGCAAACCGCGCGCUUGAGCAGAUCGCCGCCACCGUCCGCGCCAACACCGAUCAGCGGGAGGAAAUGCACGCGCUCAAGAACAAUAUUGAGACUGAGAAUGAGAAGUUACAAAUCCGAAAGAAAGAGAUCGAGACUGAACUAGCUUCAGUAGAACCAGUGAUCGCUGCUGCCCGGGCGGCUGUGGGAGACAUACGCCCUGAAUCUCUGAGCGAGAUACGAUCGUUGCGAGCUCCGCCAGAUGUCGUACGGGACGUGCUGGAAGGAGUGCUCCGGCUUAUGGGUAUUGCCGACACUUCUUGGCAUUCUAUGAAAAAUUUCCUAUCGAAACGCGGAGUCAAAGAAGACAUUAGGUGCAUGGACGCGAGUCAGAUUAGUCCCGAGGCGGCGGAAUCCGUGGAGAAGCUGUUGAAAACGCGAGGCAGCUCGUUCGAGCCGGCCACGGCCAAGCGUGCGAGCGCGGCGUGCGCGCCCCUGGCCGCCUGGGUGCGCGCCAACUUGGCCUACGCCGCCGCCGCCGCGCGCGUGCGCCCGCUGCAGGCCCAGCAGGCGCGGCUACACAAGAAUCUUGUCGCCGCCGAGGAGCAGCUGCACGCUUUAUCCAGCGGACUGGCCACAGUAGAGGAGCGCGUGGCAGCGCUGCAGCAGCAACUGGGCCAGCAUUCGCGAGACGCGGCCGCGCUAGAGCUGUCCCUUUCAAAUGCUACUAGCACCAUCACCGCCGCCACCGCGCUCAUCGCCACGCUCGCGCAGGAGUAUGAUGCCUGGGAGACUGAUCUGGAAAAUAUAUCGAGAGAAAUAGUACAGCUGAAUUCUCGCUCACUCCUAGCUGCUGCUUAUGUAGUCUACUUGCCUGAUGUAACUGAACAGCAAGCAAGGCAACAAUUAAAGAAAUGGGGUUCACUAAUCGGUUUCGAUGAUGAGUCUUUCUCAGUCCUCAAUUUCCUUUCGACGCCAGAGAAGCAACUGAAAUGGGAGGCGGAUGGCCUGCCAUCAGACUCGUCCGCUAUCAAGAAUGCCGUGCUCAUUGAUCAGGUUCUGCAAGCUCAGCGAUGCGGCCUGACUCCGCUCGUUAUCGACCCGGAUGGUGAGGCGAUCGCUUGGUUGAAAAACACGCUAGCUGAAUCGCAGUGCGAUUUCGUGUCGCAGCAUAGUGAAAAAUUACUCACUACCGUACAGUACGCUGUCAGGCUCGGACGCACGCUAGUGAUCACGGACGUAGACGGGAUACACCAAAGCUGGGCGCCGCUGCUGCUGGGCGGCGGCGGGCUGCUGCUGGUGUCUGUGGGGGCGCGCCUGCCGCCGCCGCACGCCGCGCGCCUGUCCCCGCUGCCCUUCACCGCGCGGCUCGAGGCGCUCACAGAUCAAUUGGUGUUCUACGCUCUGCAGCGAUUGAAUCCAGAAGUUAAUGAAAAAUCUAAAGAGAUAAAGCUGAAAAAAGCUACUCUUCAAAAGCAACAAUAUGAGUUACAGGAAAAUCUCCUACGAGAUCUGUCGAAAAACAACGACAUCCUACACGAUGCAAAUCUGCUCGCUUCGCUGAACAAAACGCGCGAGACGGGCGCUACUAUAGCCGAAGCGUUGGCGGCGGCGCACGCUAUCUCUGCUAGCACUCGAGCUGCCUGUGACACCUACAGGCCAAGCGCCGCUCGCGUCGCGUCUCUCGCGCUGGCAGUAAAGAGGUUGGCGGUGCACCGCCCGCUCCUGGCGCUACCAGUGGACGUGGUAUUGGACGUCUAUGUCGACGCACUGCGCAGAGGGGAUCCUAACAAAAUUGAUAAUGACGAAGUGAUCAAAUUCAUAACUAGAAGAAUUAUAGAAAGAGUUCUACUAGGACUUCAUAAGAAGGAUAAAUAUAUUAUUGUCUUGCAUAUAUUGAAGCAAGUUUAUUCCGAAGCUAUGCCAGACAAGCUUUGGCAACUAUUUCUUGGUAAUGUGAUUGGAAAUGAUGAACAAAGAAACAUAGAUGAAAUCAAGAAAAUGUACACGUGGAUACCAACCGAUCGGAUCAAUAGAAUUGUUCAGUUGAAGACUGUCGACGAAGACCUUUUCAACAAGUUGUCGUUGCAAAAGUCUGAUCUAUGGACUGAGUUCUUAUCGUCCGGCGAUCUCAACGUGGUGUCUCGUUUGCGACUGAAUUCAUUCGAAGCCGUGGUGGCCAUUGCUGCUUUGCGACCUGACACUUUGUACAGGGCCAUUAUAGCGUUCGUUGAUGAACUGUUAGGGGCGGGCUGGUGGGGCGGGUCGGAGGCGGUGAGCGCGGCGGCGCGCUGGAGCGGGCGCGCGCGGCCCGCGCUCGUGCUGGCGCCGCACGCCGCCGACGUGCUCGCCGCGCACGCGCGCGCCCGCCGCACCACGCUCACGUCGGCGCGCUGGAGCGGGCGCGCGCGGCCCGCGCUCGUGCUGGCGCCGCACGCCGCCGACGUGCUCGCCGCGCACGCGCGCGCCCGCCGCACCACGCUCACGUCGGCGCGCUGGAGCGGGCGCGCGCGGCCCGCGCUCGUGCUGGCGCCGCACGCCGCCGACGUGCUCGCCGCGCACGCGCGCGCCCGCCGCACCACGCUCACGUCGGCGCGCUGGAGCGGGCGCGCGCGGCCCGCGCUCGUGCUGGCGCCGCACGCCGCCGACGUGCUCGCCGCGCACGCGCGCGCCCGCCGCACCACGCUCACGUCGGCGCGCUGGAGCGGGCGCGCGCGGCCCGCGCUCGUGCUGGCGCCGCACGCCGCCGACGUGCUCGCCGCGCACGCGCGCGCCCGCCGCACCACGCUCACGUCGGCGCGCUGGAGCGGGCGCGCGCGGCCCGCGCUCGUGCUGGCGCCGCACGCCGCCGACGUGCUCGCCGCGCACGCGCGCGCCCGCCGCACCACGCUCACGUCGGCGCGCUGGAGCGGGCGCGCGCGGCCCGCGCUCGUGCUGGCGCCGCACGCCGCCGACGUGCUCGCCGCGCACGCGCGCGCCCGCCGCACCACGCUCACGUCGGCGCGCUGGAGCGGGCGCGCGCGGCCCGCGCUCGUGCUGGCGCCGCACGCCGCCGACGUGCUCGCCGCGCACGCGCGCGCCCGCCGCACCACGCUCACGUCGGCGCGCUGGAGCGGGCGCGCGCGGCCCGCGCUCGUGCUGGCGCCGCACGCCGCCGACGUGCUCGCCGCGCACGCGCGCGCCCGCCGCACCACGCUCACGUCGGCGCGCUGGAGCGGGCGCGCGCGGCCCGCGCUCGUGCUGGCGCCGCACGCCGCCGACGUGCUCGCCGCGCACGCGCGCGCCCGCCGCACCACGCUCACGUCGGCGCGCUGGAGCGGGCGCGCGCGGCCCGCGCUCGUGCUGGCGCCGCACGCCGCCGACGUGCUCGCCGCGCACGCGCGCGCCCGCCGCACCACGCUCACGUCGGCGCGCUGGAGCGGGCGCGCGCGGCCCGCGCUCGUGCUGGCGCCGCACGCCGCCGACGUGCUCGCCGCGCACGCGCGCGCCCGCCGCACCACGCUCACACAGGUGGGCGUUGAGGAAGGAUUGCACGCAUGGGAGGCGGCGGUGGAGGCGGCGCGCGGCGGCGGCUGGCUGGCGCUGCUCGUGGGCGCCUCGCCAUUCACCGGCGACUUGCAUAGCUUCGUCGCCGCCUUCGUGCAACGGCCGCCUGAAGACUUCAGUGAAGAGUUUCGUUUAUGGAUUGUUUCCGAAGACCGUGAAAUACCGCCACUUAUUGCAAAUGCGUGCGUUAACGUUAUUUUAGAGGCGCCCGAGGGCGUGAAGCACAACGCUCUAGGCACGCUGGCGGCGUGGGGCGGCUACGAGGCGGCGCCGGCGCUGGUACGCGCGCACGCCUGCCUCGCGCUGUUCCACGCCGUGCUGCAGGAGCGCCGCGCAUACAUCCCGCAAGGUUGGACCCAGUGGUACGCGUGGGAGUGGGGCGAGGUGUGCGCGAGCGCCGAGGCGCUGCGGGCCGGCGGCGCGGGCGCGCGCGCUUUGGUCCUGGCGCUGUACGCGGCGCGCGCAGGAAGCGAGGCCGAUCGUGCGGCCCUGCGCGCGCUGCAUAAUGCGACACUCGGGGAUCACGUGCUAGCGCACGACGCGCGCCCGCUUGGAUUACCGCUACGAUUGCCGCAUGCCACGCGCACACAGGAAUAUUCCUCAGCGUUUGAAGCUCUCCCUCAAAUUGAUACACCAGAAAUACUCGGUCUGCCGGCCAAUUGCAGAAUCGCAUGGGAAAGAAACGCCGCCAACGAUAUCAUAAAUGGUUUAAAAGAAUUGGACUCUACAACGAGUAGCCAAGAAAAUAAUAAAAACAAUGUCACGCCUUUGAAAAUGAUUCUGGCACUCUGGAAGAAGUUGAUGUCUGGAAGUCCUCUCCUAAAAGCAGAUUAUAAGAUUGACCGCAUGCGCGGAUGGUGGGGCAGUGUGUGCGCGAGCGAGGCGCGGGAAGCGGCGCGUGCGGCCCGCGGCCUUCACCUUGCGUUAGCUGUCCUGGCGCGCCAGGCAACCCGCGCGCCGCCGCUGCACAAGGUGCCGGAGGAGUGGCAGGCGCUAUGGGCGGGCCCGGAGCGGCCCGAGGAAUACGUGCGCGAGUUUUGCGCCCGCGCGCGCGCCGCGCUCGAACGGCUCGACGCGCCCUUCGCAGACGACUACCUGCCCGCAGAGACGGACCUGCGCGGCUGGCUGCGGCCGGCGCGCGCGCUGUGGGCCCUGCGCGCCGUGAGCGCCGCGCGCCUGCGCACCGCGCCGCAUGACCUCACGCUCGCCGCCAAGUGGGAUUGCAAAGAGGUGCCGGCGGAGGGCGGGUUGGUGAUAGUGGGUCUGGUGCUGGGCGGCGCGGCGUGGGCGGGCGCGCUGGCCCCGCCCGCGCCCGCCGCGCCGCCCGCCGCGCCCGCGCCGCCGCUGCUGCUGCGGUACCUGCCCACGGGCGGCGAGAUAUCGCUUCGCCCCGAGGGCACGGCGCAGGUGCCGCUGUACGCCAGCGCGGCGCGCGAGACAGCCCUGGCGUGGCUGCGCGCGCCGCUAGCUCGCCCGCUCGCGCGCCCGCUCGCCGCGCUGCACGCCGUCGCGCUCGCCGUCGCGCCCGCCGCCGACUGA